AUGACGCGUCCCGCAGUCACCGUUACCCCGCCUACUUGCACCCGCGUUUCCCGGCAUGCGCAAGACUCGCGAUCGACAACUUGCUUCCGUACACCUUCUUGCUUCCUGCCUCAUCCUCGCGUGCGAAUCGUGCUCACUUGCGCGUCUGGUCUGCCCUUGUACACGACCGCGGUGUUCUGCACUCCUUCCCUAUUCCAUAUAACAUUCCAUAUUCGCCAGCGCCCGCUGGCUCGUCGCCCACCGUCCAGCACAUCGCCCGCCUCCCGCACGCGACUCCGGCAUUGCUAA